AUGCUCGCCUUGAGACCUGUCGAAGUGAAUGGACUCAUCAGCGGCAUACACGGAGUUGUGAAGACCAUGGACAAGAGUCAUGGGUCUGAAGAUCGACGCUUGAUCUUCACAGACACGGCACGGACCUCACAGCAAACGACCAUGACCCCGAGUCCAACCAGACCAUUGACCACAAAUGCCUCGGACCUUGACCACGCCACACCUCGACGGCUACCCACGCUGUCCUUCAAGAUUGGAGCGAACGACCAUGCCACCACCGAUGAAUCGCACCGGACAAACGAACCUUCAACCCUCGCAUCUCGCACUGCACUAUCCUCUUCGAAGUCCUCGCCCGUGAGAAUCGGCGACUCGGCACCGACAAGCAAGAAGUUACCCAAGCCUGUCCCAGAACGAAAGUCCUCCUUACGUCAACCUCAGCGUCAACUUAGGAAGAAGAAGAGUUCGAGCGUACUCGGCUUGCUCGCGUUGAAAGAGCCCUCCACCGUAGCCUUUGAAAAAUUCGCCGAGCAGGAGCGGAAGAGAGCUGGGCGAAAAGGCGGAAAAGCAGCAGCGGUCAUAAUGCCUGGUGUGUCUUCUCAGAGACUACCCGAGCAUGUGCCCAAGGUCAACAGCAAGUGGGAUGGUCUGCCUCCGGUGAUCAAGAAGAAGGACAAUGACAGAUUGAGAGACACCAGAUGUUCGACGACAACGAUGUCAUCGUACGGAUCAUCAUCGUAUACUGCUCCGACAUCCAACCCACAGGGUAAAGCUGGGUCGUCGAGGAAAGGAACCUUUCUAGACCCACCCUCGCCAACGUCGGGCGACUUCAACAACGAGGCCUUUCUAUCGACUCCCUCACCUCCACUCUUCUCUCACAAGCCUAAACUACCAGACUCACCUCGCCAUGACUCGGCCACAACGUCGCCCUCCGCAGACAUCGCUCCUCUUGAAGAUCACAGGCUCCAUACGGCCGAGACUUCCUGGUUCAGUGACGCCGAUGAUGCAGAGACUAAUUCCGGCGUCACCUUCCUCAAUGCUCUCACGGCACUUCAUCCGAGCCAGCCACACGUUACAUAUACCAACUCUCCUUCUGCACGAUCCGUGUCGUCAACAUCACUGUCUCCAACGGAUUCCGACCCCAAAAUGGCCUCGACAACGUCCUCUGUUUGGAACGUCUUGCGAUCCUAUGCCGAAAAGCCCAAGACCGCAUCAACAACUUCAUCUGCUUCUGGCGUUCUGCGAAGCCUGCCUGAUCGAACCGAGCCGCGAGCUGUACAGCGUGUCCAUCGAGAGGAUGUGCGCGUACCGCAAGGGGUACAAACAGAAAGGAGUGGUGAGAGAAUUGGCUCGCGAAAUGGACAGGACGUCUCGGCGAUGCGGCAGGCGGAUGUGUUGCCGUGGGAAAUGUUCGAGCCGCCGCGCGAGGGCGAAGGAUUGGUGUCGGCGGCGAGCUCGAUUGUUCGAGGAGGGAGGCAAUUCAACAUUGGCGCUUUUGGGAAUGAGAGUGGGACAGCGAACGGCGGAGGAAGGCUGAAGAGAUUCGGCAGGACGUUUGGAAGGAAGUAG